UAACCAAAGGAAUUCUCUCCCUCAGCCAUGGCGGAAGGGGGAAGUGUAACCCUGGAGGAGUUAAGGAAGAAAUUGGAAGAUUUUGGGAGGGUGAGAAACUGGGAACAACACCACACACCGAGAAAUCUCGUCCUCGCUUUGGUUGGGGAGGUUGGAGAGCUGGCAGAGAUCUUUCAAUGGAAAGGUGAGGUGGCGAGGGGAAUCCCAGACUGGGAGGAAGAGGAGAAGCAGCACCUGGGGGAGGAGCUCUCCGAUGUGCUGCUCUACCUCGUGAGGUUAUCAGACAUGUGUGGAGUGGACCUGGGCAAAGCUGCCCUCAGGAAGAUCAAACUCAAUGGCAUCAAGUACCCUGCUCCCGUUAGCGAUGUCGAAAACCAUGAGGGUUCCAACAGCGGAGUGAAGGAGGAGCAGCUCUGAAAUUGAUGGAGUCUUCCAUCUACUGUUUUGAUUAUGAAUCUGUUGUAUGAGUAGCUAGCCAUGCGUGAGUAUCUGAAGAAUAAGAUGUAUGAUGGAACAACGUCUGUGUUCUGUUUCAGAAAUGUCUUAGCUACUUUAUAUAAGGUUCAAGAUUG